AUGUCUUCUUCUUUCUUUCUGUACCACGAAGGAGGGGAUGUUCUACGAAACGAUUCACACUCUGGAGGACCGGACAAGCCAUCUUCUGAAGCCCAUCUCGUCCCACUUGAGCAGAGAGUGGUCCUCGCUCUUGCAGGAUGGUCGGGAGGAUUCGAAUCCGACUCUUCGGCACUCGUCCCAUGCAGGGAGAGGAUCCAUGUUCAUCGAUGUCCUCCGAGUCCUCGACCACCUCUGAACACUCCGUUCCGCCAUUUUUUCCCUUCUCUCGGAUCUUCUCCUCUACAAACCGACCCUUCCUCUCGAAGCUACUCCGACUCGAACAGAGGUUGCGUUCUAACAGAAAAGUCGAAGGAAGAAGAGAUUGGAGUAUUCUACGAUCCGUCGGACUCGGUAUGGAGAAGAGAAGAUCCGGGAGAAGGAGAGAAGUGCCGGAGCGGAGGGUCCGGAGGAGGUAGAGGACCCGAAGAACGCCGAGGACCGUGGACCCUGCCCGAGCUGAGCAGAGCACAGAAGGGCCGGACUCGAACCCCCCGACCGCCCUGCAAGAGCGGGGCCGGCUCACCGCUCAGGAGGGAACGAGAAGAACCUCAGAAGGUGGCCUGCCAGGUCCUCCGGAGAGCGGAUCGUCUCGUGUGCUGA